AGUUUCAAAUGGUACUCAUCGCUAUCGGACAAUACUCAGAACUGUCAUUUAACAGAUUUAUUGACAUAUCUGCCCAACGAUAGCUGCGACAAUGGCACUUUGAACGCUGGACCCUUAACUGUUCUGAAUUUGUUAUGUUCCGUCUUGUUGCAGUAGAUGACUGAAAACAUUUCGUUAAACAGAACCAGGGAUGCAUUGCAAGCUGAAUAAACUUAAAACACAAGUUCAUUCUAAAUCUCUGUCUGUCUACAAAGAAUCGAUAUAUAUUGUAUAAUUUGAUAAACAAAGUGACACUUGUGUAAUCUGUCAACAUGCUUACAUUCAACAACAAGAAUAAUAGCACCUUUACUAGAUUUUUCCAUGGAUUGCUUAAUAGUUCUGCGUUUUAUAAUCAUUUUAACAAUCUUGUUCGCGCAUGUUCAGUGUUUUAGCUUCAGAAUCUUACAUAAUAAUGAUAUGCACGCCCGAUAUGAUCCAGUUACCAACAGCUGUCAGCGGUGUCCCGCAGGUGACGAUGAGAGGGGCUUGUGUUUUGGAGGAUUUGGUAGGGUAGCUACAGUGGUGAAAAGGGCUCGAGCCAACGGUCCAAUGCUAUAUCUUAAUGCUGGCGAUACUUUUUAUGGAACAAAUUGGUAUACAGCGCAUAAGGGGGAAUUGGCAGCUGAUCUUUUGAAUAUAAUACAUCCUGAUGCCGUGUCGCUUGGGAAUCACGAACUCGAUGACGACCUGGCCGGAUUUACACCUUUCCUUAGGAAAGUUAACUUUCCCAUUGUUUGCUGUAAUUUGGAUCUGCGUAAGACUCCUGACCUACAUAAUUUUAGAACUUUAGUUCGUGCAACAGUUAUCAGGAAAUUCAAACAGAAUAUUGGUAUAAUUGGUUAUAUAACGCCAAAUACGAAGUAUUACGUACCCUAUAAUUCCAUCAGCUACUCUCCAGAAAUAUCCACUAUAAACAUCGAGGCAAAGCGCCUACUUAAUCAAGGAGUUAAUAUAAUAAUUGCUCUUGGACACUCUGGGUUUGAAAUGGAUAAGAUGAUCGCUGAACAUUGUCCCGAUGUAGAUGUUGUGAUCGGUGGCCAUUCACAUACUUUCCUAUACACGGGCAGCCCACCAGACAUAGAGAAACCAGAUGGCAACUAUCCCACAAUUGUUACCAAGUCAAAUGGUCGAAAAGUUCCAGUUCUUCAAGCUUAUGCGUUCACUAAAUAUAUGGGUAUAAUCGAUUUAGAGUUCGACGAUUAUGGGCAUCUGGCUAAUUUCAGUGGUAAGCCCAUUUUAUUGGAUAAGUCGAUUCCGCAUCACCCCGAUAUUACGAAAAUAUUGAAUGCCAAGAGACAGCAAGUUGAUUUUCUGGAUGCAAAAGAUAUCAAAGACAAUAAAUCGCGAAUUAAAAUGUUUUAUUCCGAAGAGUUCAUAUCAAACACUCCUGAUUAUAUAAGUACCAUUGUAAACAUUGCAGUUUUCAUGUUCCUAUUAAUUAUUUUCGUAUGCAACGAUCGGCAUGUCUUACACUAGUUUGUAUUGUUAUUAUAUAUUUUAAAACUAUUUGGAUGAAGGUCCUAAUAAAAUGAUAAGUUGGAUUCGUAUAAUAA